GGCCAUUUGUUUGAAGAGAAUUGUGAUUAGCUGUCAAGGAAGCUGUCAAUAAUCGCAGAAUGUCGCAAUCUCUUAUAGUGUUCAAGCCUUCGGGCAGGAUCGAGUACCAAUACAACAACAAGAUCACACCGUUCAACGAGUUCAUCUACAACAUCGUGAACUCCACCCACGUAGAGCUUGAGGCCAAUUUCUACACCAAAAGUUUGCACCAAAAGCGGUUCUACGGCUACAGGCGAGACGACGUGUAUGCUGCGUUGUACUUCGAUGCAGUGACAACUAUUGACGGAGACAAGAUCCAGCAAACACUCAGUGGAAUUCUCAAGACGUAUAAUAAGGUCGUGACUGAAGGCGACUCUGAAGAUAACUAUAGUAAGUUGAAGAAGUUGGUUGAUUUACAGUUCAAUCAGUUGAUGAAGCUCAAGCUGAAUGUAGACAGCCCCGUAGUUCUGGCUCCAAUUCUGGCCCGCGGUACUCCUUCAGGGAGUGGACCCAAUUCUGGAACUUCUACCCCAGUAAGACGUAAUGUCAAGCAGACUCCCAACAAAAAGAUGAGAAAGUGGGAUGGUGAUGAGAUGGUAGAGAAUGUAGACAACUCUGUAUUGGACUAUUCGGCCAGCGCAGAUGGAGAUGUGGAUGGAGCCCUUGGUGACGACAGAGUGUUGAAUAUUGACGAUAGUGCAUUUGUUCAUGAGAACGAACUUGUUCUUGUAAACGAACUUAACGACAUUUUAAACGAGUCCGAUGAUGAUGAAGACAAGAAUGAUGGUAAGGCUGGCGGGUUUUUCAGCAAGAUUACGUCCUUUUUGGGUGGUUCUAUUGACAUUGAAGAUGUUUCUAAAAAGUUCAACGACCAAUUGAUUUCAAAGAAUAUCGCACCGAACACUGCUAAAAUAAUCAUAGAUAAAAUCAGAGACAAAUUGGGUAAUCAAAGGAAUGUCACAUUGGCUUUGUAUAAGCAAACUUUGACGGAAGAAUUGACUAAGAUUUUGACUCCCAAUGUCUCCACGGAUUUGCUCUAUGACAUCAAGCGUAACUCCACCAACCCUCGUCCGUAUGUAAUCUCGGUGGUUGGUGUAAAUGGUGUAGGAAAGUCAACCAACUUGGCCAAGUUGGCCUACUGGUUUUUGCAGAACAACUUGAACGUGUUGAUCUGUGCCUGUGACACUUUCAGAUCUGGAGCAGUGGAACAAUUGAAAGUUCAUGUUAACAACUUGCAAAGACUUAAUAGCCAGUCAUCUAAUGGUGAGAACAAAAUUGACAUCUUUGAAAAAGGGUAUGGUUCCGGUGACCACGUAGUCACUACGGCUAAGAUGGCUAUCCAGCAUGCUGCAUCUGAGAAGUUUGACAUAGUCUUGAUUGAUACUGCUGGAAGAACACAUUCCAACACUAAGCUUAUGGCUCCAUUGAAGAAAUUUGGUGAUGCCGCUAAUCCAGACAAGAUCAUUAUGGUGGGUGAAGCAUUGGUUGGAACUGACUCUGUAGAACAAGCUAUCAACUUCAACAAUGCCUUUGGUAACAAACGAAGCUUAGACUUUUUCAUCAUCUCUAAAGUGGAUACUGUUGGUGACUUGGUGGGUACCAUGAUCAAUAUGGUCAUGGCCACGAAAGUUCCUAUCUUGUUUGUGGGUACUGGACAGACAUAUACUGACAUCAAGAGAUUGAGUGUCAAGAGAGUGGUGGAUAUGUUGAUGAGUUGAUAACGAGUUUAACAGAGGUGCUAUGUGCUCAUGGUAUAUACAAAUAUUCAUAUAUUGCUAUAGUUAUAUACUGAUGUUAUAUGAAACGCUAAUACUUUUG